CUGUCCUGUCCCACACAUGCUGUCAGCUGAUCCUCACACAGCUCCAGCGCUUACUGCACUCACACACCAACUAAACACAUCUAGCAGUGCUACAACUCACAAAUACAAGGGACCAGUCAAAUCCAAUAUAACUAACCACAACACAACAAUUCAAUAAAUUAUCCUUUUACCUGGAUCAGUACCAGACAUGUCUUCCUGUGUGGAGAAAAAGGAUCAACAAGUGGAGGAGCAGAAUGGCUGCCAGACUUUUCUGUACACCAAGAAGAGGGGCUACGAUAUAACCCGUGACCCACAUCUUAACAAGGGUAUGGCAUUCUCUCUGGAGGAGAGACUACAGCUGGGCAUCCAUGGUCUCCUACCGCCUUGCUUUCUCAGUCAAGAUGUCCAAGUCUUGAGAGUUCUUCGCAACUAUGAGAGGCAGAAAUGUGACCUUGACAGGUAUAUUUUAUUGAUGGGACUUCAGGAUCGGAAUGAAAAGCUUUUUUACAAGGUUUUGACAUCAGACAUUGAGAGAUUCAUGCCUAUUGUAUAUACUCCAACUGUGGGGUUGGCUUGUCAACAGUACGGCUUAGCCUUCCGGAGACCAAGAGGCCUCUUCAUUACCAUUCAUGACCGUGGUCAUAUAUCCACACUAAUGAAAUCAUGGCCUGAGAAUGAAGUUAAGGCUGUUGUGGUAACAGAUGGAGAGAGGAUCCUUGGUCUUGGUGAUCUUGGAAGUUACGGAAUGGGCAUCCCUGUUGGUAAACUAGCGCUUUACACAGCGUGUGGUGGGGUGAAGCCCCAGGAGUGUCUGCCUGUAAUGCUGGAUGUAGGAACUGAUAAUGAGGAGUUACUAAAAGACCCACUGUAUAUUGGAUUAAGACACAAAAGAGUGAGAAACAAAUCGUAUGAUGACCUUCUGGAGGAAUUCAUGAAAGCUGUGACUGACAGGUACGGCAUGACCUGCCUUAUCCAGUUUGAAGAUUUUGCCAAUGCCAAUGCAUUCCGUCUGCUGAACAGAUACCGCAAUCAGUACUGUACAUUCAAUGAUGACAUCCAAGGCACAGCAGCGGUUGCAGUAGCUGGACUUCUCGCAGCUCUACGCCUAACAAAGAAUAAAUUGUCUGACCACACAGUACUAUUCCAAGGAGCAGGGGAGCACUCAAGGAAGGCUGACAAUACAGUUUACGUCCUUCAGAAAGAAAAGAAAACUUUUUCUUAUUAUAGCUCAAAUGAAAAGUGGUUAAAGGCUGCCAUGGGAAUUGCUGAGCUAAUAGUUAUGGCAAUGGAGAAGGAAGGGACUCCCAAAGAUGUUGCACUUAAGAAGAUCUGGAUGGUGGAUUCUAAGGGUCUGAUUGUGAAGGGCAGGUCUUCACUGACACAUGAAAAGGAGAGAUUUGCCCAUCCACAUACGGAAAUCAAGAGUUUGGGAGAUGUUGUUAAAGUUAUCAAACCAACUGUUUUAAUAGGUGUCGCAGCAAUAGGCGGGGCAUUCACCGAGCAAAUUCUGAAAGACAUGGCUUCAUUCAAUAAGCGACCAAUCAUUUUUGCACUCAGCAAUCCGACAAGUAAGGCGGAAUGCACUGCAGAGCAAUGCUAUGGACUGACCGAGGGCCGUGGCAUCUUUGCAAGUGGAAGUCCUUUCGAUGCUGUCACUCUUCCAGAUGGCCGAACACUGUAUCCUGGGCAAGGCAACAAUUCAUAUGUGUUCCCAGGUGUCGCCCUUGGAGUUGUAGCGUGCGGCGUGAGGCACAUCAGUGAUAAUGUCUUCCUGACUACUGCUGAGAUCAUUGCUCAGCAAGUUUCUGAUAAACAUCUGGAAGAAGGACGUCUCUAUCCACCUCUACAAACAAUACAGGACGUCUCAGUGAAGAUAGCUGUUCGGAUUGUAGAGAAUGCCUAUAAGGAUAACACAGCAUCUAUCUUUCCGGAGCCAGAAGAUAAAGAGGCGUUUGUCCGCUCCCAGAUGUACAGCACUGACUAUGACCAGUUUGUAGUAGAUUCCUACUCCUGGCCAGAUGAGGCAAUGAAAGUUCAGACUGUCACAGUGUAGACACAACACCAGCAGCCUACGGCUACAUACCCACAGUCAUUUUAGAUGUGUUUUUAACAGUAGUAAAAUGCAUAUUAAACUUGUUGUAAAGCGUUUGCAAGCUGUCCAAUGCAUUUAAAAUCAUAGAGGUGGAACAAGUAAUGUUCCAAAAAGACUCCAACAAUUGAAAAUAAAUAAAAAUGAAAAUGUUUACGGUAACACCAGAAAUAACAAUUUCUAGGGUCAGACCAUUAGCAUGCAUGUUACAAGUGUUAAAAGUUAAAACACAUGUAAAAUUCCUUUACAAAAGUCAGUGGGCUUGGAUAUAUACCCAAAGAAGUGAUAAAAUUCCAGUUUCUUUAUGAUGCACUAAGUAGAUUGUUUGUGUGCCACACUUUUUCUAUUCUUACUGUCAGAUACUUUUCUAAAUCAAAGAUGAAAUAAAGGUACAAAGCAAUA